AUGGGAUCCCCGAAGCAAGGUUCCGCGCUGCGCCACGGGGGGCACGCGCACUCCGCGCACCACCUCCCCGCCGCGGUGACCAACGCGCGCGCGGCGCUCUUCGCGGCGGGGCUACUAAUAGUAACCCUCAUCUCCAUCCUGGGGUUCAACCUCUCCUCCAUGGACCCCCGAGAGCCAACCUCCCGUGCCGCGUGUGGCGGCAACCACGUAGGGCCAGGCACGGAGAGCCCAUACCACGACAAGCGCAGCGAGGUGUAUGAUAAGAUGGAGGCGGAGUUCUACGACAAGGGCGCUGAGUUCCUCUUUGGCUCCUCCAGUACCACCUCGCAGUCGCUCAAGCUGUCGGACAUAUUUGAACUCCGGAAUGGCGAAGUGCAUCCCGUGCUCAAGCCUGCCCGACCUCCUGUUCGAGCCAAUGUGCUGCGAAUGGACCCUGAAUUCGCUGCCUCCAUACAGGAGAUAGUGAAAGACAACAUUCUGCACCACUUUCGAGGAGGCGUGUGGCUGCAGGACCCUGAAGUGUACCACAUGAGCAUCUUCCAUGCCUCACACCAUCUCUCACCCGUACCUGCCACCGCCAAACAGCUAGCGGACGAGGUGCGGGCAGUGAAGGGCGUGAGCAAGCGGCUGUGCCCGAUGCGUGUCUCGCUGGACCGGGUCAUUCUCACUGCCACUGGCGUGCUGCUGGCGUGCUGGCAGGUGGUGGAGGGCACGGAUCCAGCAGAGCUGAGGGACGAGCUCAAGGAGGCUCUGCCCCGCGCUCCCAAGCAGCAGCUGUACAACCGGGUCAUGCUGCACACAUCACUGGCACGGAUACUUGCACCGCCCACAUGGCCUGACGGGACGCUAGCGCACAACGCCGAGUCAGCGAUGCCCAUCUUCCGCUCCAUAGUCAGCGAGCUCAACCAGAAGCUCUGCCGCAAACAGACGGUGGUGAGGGAGCUGUGGAACGUGGAGGAGAUGGAUGUGUUGGCGCUGGCGCUACAAGGCAAGAUGAGCGUCAAGCGAUUCAACCUCACGUGCAUCCAACCAGACUGGGUUGGCACAAUAUAG